CAUUUCGUGUUUCAUUUACUAAACAUUCAAACAAUUGACACAAGAAGUGAUUCAUUGGAUCCAUAGUAUGGCUCACAAGAAGUUAAAGACCGAGAAGAAUGGGACCACAGAUAAGGGCAAAGACAGUGAACAGCCACAAAUGGAUGCAAAAGACUCUUUGGACCGAUUCAGUGAUGAUUUGUGUCAACACUUAUUGUCUUAUUUGUCACUCGAAGACCGAUUCCGAUGUGAAUGUGUGUCCAAACAGUGGCAACGAGUCAUAUACGAGACCAUCGAUGAGAUCAUUAUUAAUGACAAUCUAUUGGACAAAAUGAAGACAAAAAACUGUGCAAACAUUGAGACCAUUGACUGUCGAUAUGUGCGAUCAAAACUUCAGAGACAAGUGUUUGAAGCCAUCGAUGAAUUGCUCGACAAUUGUCUGAAUGUCCGACAAAUUGACUGCGAUUUGAUUUAUGGAUUGGAUUCAGUGUUUGAUGAGACGGGUAACCAGUGUUUGGCGAAGAAUUUACAGAAAUAUGAGUUCGGGUUCGGGGGACGCCUUUUCGCUGACCAUUUCACUGACCAUAUGUUCACCACUUUUGUGGCAAACAAUAAAUCACUGAAAAGUCUUAAUAUUAAAUGUAUUAAUGGAGAGAUUGAAGAGACUGUCAUUGGAUUCAUGAAUCGAUUGUCGCAAUUACAAGAACUCCGAGAAUUGAAACUGGAGUUCACGUAUGAAUGCGAUAAUAUUGAGUAUUCAAUAUCUGAACCGUUGGCGCAAAUUGGCUUAAAGUGUGCAAAACUCAAGAGGUUUUGCCUAACAAUGGUUUCUCAAACUCCGGAACCAAAUGUCGGAGUUCUCAAUGCCAUCCAAUUGAUGCCACAAAUCACACGAUUAGAGCUCAACCUGGGAUUACCCAGUGAUGACCCACCGCUCACUGAUUGGCAGUCAUUUGAUUCACUCAAACGUUGGCCCAAAUUAACACACCUUUCACUCAAUUUAUGGCAAAUUAAUUAUAAACUGUUUCAAGAGAUUGCUGCAAAUGAACCAAAUCUGCGAUCACUUGAUAUGGAAAUCGAUUCGUGGAGUUAUGGACAGAUAAAUGCCUUUUGUUUGGAUCGUAUGGCAAGUCUUCGUAAACUGCAAUCACUGGCCAUUCGCUGGGAUUCAGACGCGAAUCUAAACCUCAAUGAAUCGGAUAUAAAGGCAUUUGUAUUGAAAAGUAGUCCCAAAUUGAAGUCAUUUCGACUAAUCGCAGGCAAAUGCAUGAAAUACACUGACAAACGAAUACAUGAAAUGCGAAAUAUGUUGCCAUUAAACCAUUGA